GAGAGAGAGAGAGAGAGAGAGAGAAAGAGAGAGAGGAGAAAUAUGGAAGAUAGCGAGUUGGUGAUGCUGAUGAGGUCAUUGUUGGCCAAAGCACAAGAAGAAAUCAACACAACCAACACUUGGGAGGCGGAGGCAGAGGAGGAGGAGGAGGAGGAGGAGGUUCCCACCUUCACCGCCAUGUUGUCCUCCGCCGGUGUCAGCCUCCACUCCUUCCUAUCCACCACCGCCGCUCACGACGACCCUCUCGACCCAAACGCAAUGUCGUCCUCCUCCUCCCUAAUGCCUCUUCCCUUCUCUGAAUUCGCUCAAGACACCCUCAUAACUACUACUCCCAUCCACUCCCCCACCACCACCUUCAACUUCAGAACCGCCGCAGAAGUUGACUACAUCCAGACCCAGAUGCAGAGCCCCAUCCUGAGGCUGCCCAAGCACGAACCCAUUUCCAAUUACGAAGACUACUUCCCAAUCCCAAGCCCAAGCAACACCAACGUUUCCACUUCUCCUCCAUUUCAUCAUCUCCAUCAACAACAAUACCAGUUUUAUAACCACCCACCUGAUCUCAACUUGGAGUUCACCAUGCACAGUGCUUCCAGUGCUACCAGCUCCCCCAUCCACCACCCUUCUCCCUAUGACUCCAUGAAUGACUGCUCUUCCAUCUUCCAUCACUUACCGGAUCUCCUCCCUCUCGACCCAUUUAAUUCCCCUUACUCUUCUUCAUCUUCUUCCUCAUCUUACAAACGCCCUCGCCUCUUGGACCCUCCUCACUUCCAAAAUCUCCAUCUCUCUACCCCCCUCCCGCUAUUUCCACCUAACAACAAUACCCACAACGCCCUCUUGCCCACUUCGUCUUCUUCACCAUACAAAUUUCCUGCUAAGCCUAGAACUAGGAAAAGGGGAACCCCAUCUCCAUCUCCAUCUCCAUCUCCAUUUCCAUCUCCAUCUCCCCACACUAACUCUCUGGCUCGCGGCCGGCGCCAGAAGCUCAGCGACAAGACUCGGUGCCUUGAGAAACUGCUUCCUUUAGACAGAAAAAUGGACACCGCCACCGUCUUCCAAGAGGCCUACAAGUACGUCAAGUUCCUCCAGGCUCAGGUCACCGCCCUCCAAGCCAUGCCCGUCGUCACCCCCAACACCUCUGCUGCUGCAAGCGCUACUGGUUUUGAUGAUGAUCAUCUUUCACCGAUGAGUAGCCGUACCACUGGUGGGCUCGAGAGGCUGAGCCGCAACCAGCUUCUGCAGGUGUUGCUCAACUCUCCUGUGGCUCAGACCGUCAUGUACUCUCAAGGCUGCUGUGUCUUUUCGGUCGAGCAGUUGGCUAAGCUCAACCGCAGCAGGUCCUCCAGAGCCCUCAAUCUUCUCCGCCAUUACUAUCCCCAUCUCUUCUUCGAUUCUCACUCUCCCACAAACUAAUUCAUUGAUAUUACCUCCAUCUUCACUACUGCUAGUUACUGCUUAGUUGGGUGAUCUGCUCUCCUUAAUUUCUGAGUUGUUAAUUAGUUUGUCUGAUUUGUCUCCUUCUUUUUUGAUCAAGUAGUCAGUGUGGUCAGUGGGAUCUUUUUGGGACGGAGUGUGGGUUGGAAAUAUGUCAUUACAAUAUUGUAACCAGAGUUGCAAGCAACUAUAGCUAGAAACAGAGAAAAACAGAGAGAAACAGAGAGAAACAGAGAGAAAUAGAGAAAAACAGAGAGAAACAGAGAAAAAAAAGAGAGUUUGAUUUUGAGUAUUAAUUAGCUACUGUUUUGUUUACAGUUGUAAUUGAAAUGAA